GAUCUGAGAACUCUUCUCAGCGAACGAGGCUCGUGAUUCGCAGGUCACAGCUGACGACGUACCUACGAGUUCAGUUCCAACAAAGCUCUCCUUCGACCACUGUUUAAUUAGGCCAGCUUUCAUCUCGAUUCUCUUUGAGAAGAAUCAUCAUCCGAGUAACUCUCAGUACAAUGAAAUCCACUCCUUCUUCAGCUUCCAAGAAGCGCGCUGCUAGUGAGAUCAACAGCAACAACAAUGGCGCCAAAAGGAAGACAAAAAGAGAAUCUUUCAUGCAACUGCUAGGUACUGAAAUAGUAGACAUCUACGUCGGCAACGACUCCUCGAAGAAGCACUUCCAAAUCCACAAAGCAAUUCUCUGCUCCAAACUCCCGUUCUUCGACAGCAUGUUCAACAGCGGUUUCAAAGAAGGAAUCAACAACAGCGCAAACCUCCCAGAAGACGACCCAGACGCCUUCGACGUCCUACUUGAAUGGAUCUAUACCGGCUCACUACCCAAGUUUCGCUGGGUCAAACAGCCGGGCCAACCUGCGGUGGGUAACUACCGACAUACGUGCUUACUUACCUUGGUUGAUAAACUGUGUUUGGAUGAGUUGAAGGAUCAGAUUGCUAGUGAUAUCAUCGAUGCGUCUGUGGAGGAGAAUAGCCUGCCUUCGUUUCAUCAUCUAAGCUACAUGAUCAACCACUUGUCUGAGACGUCGGCGUUUCGAGAGUACUAUGUCCUUGCCUUGCUGUUCAUUGUGCAUGGACUUCCGAGAACGGAUGAGAAUCUCGCUCUGUGGCCUACGGAAGGGUUUAGUGAGCUCUUGGCUGGGCAUGCGAAUGUUGCGACCGCUUACUUUAAGGCUGUGAGGAGUUUGCCGAUUGGCAGUGUUGCGGAGGAUCCGAGAAAGAUGCCACGAUGCAAAUUUCAUGAACAUGGGCAAGAUGAGGAGUGUUCGGUCGGGAAGAAAAGUUAGUAAAAAGGGCGCUUGUUACAUGGAGGUGAGAAGUUGUGGCGUUGGUUGGAAUGGACACAGCGCUGUCGAAAGGGAUAACGGAUACUUUUGCGAACGCUGACUAUAUCUGUGUACUUCUGCCAUACACCGACAAGCAUCUUCACUUGAAAGCUAAGCCUCGGUUCUGCCUUUCAUUUUCUGACGCCAUCAGGGUUAUGUUGGCAUUGAGAUACAUUCCCAACGGCCCAUCGAAAUGAUCGGGUAGCAUACGUAGCGGGAUGGGAUGGCUGAGAAAUCCUCUCUAUUAGCA